AUUCACUAAUGAUAUCUAUUUCUCUAAUUCCUCAUUUAUGUGUUUAUACCAACAUGGAAAAUAUUCACAUUCACAUUCCCAAUAGUAAUGAUCAUCAUGCAACUUCUGAAGGGUCUAUUCUUGAGAAUAUAUGGGCUAAAAUUACCAGCAGUGAUGCAAGAACAAAUGGAAAUGAAGCAGAAUGUUCUAACACAUGGGAAGAAUUGCCUAAUCUUGGCGAAAGAGAUGGAUCGAUGGAAAUACUUCAAAGGCUUCCUAGUUUAGGAAGAUGGAUAUCAAUGGGAGCAGAUUACUGGGAAGAGCUUUUAGAUGAUAUUCUACCAAUUAAUGCAAUAAGCAAUAAAGAAGAUUUUUCAUGCAACAAAAAGAUGGAAAUUGAAAGUGUGAAUAAAUCAAAGGAAAAAGUAGAAGAAGAUGGUGUGAGAAAAGAGAAAAAAAGAGUUGAAAAACAUUAUAGAGGAGUAAGGAGAAGGCCAUGGGGAAAAUAUGCAGCUGAAAUUAGAGAUUCAUCAAAGAAAGGUUCAAGAGUUUGGCUUGGUACAUUUGAUACAGCUGAACAAGCUGCUUUAGCUUAUGAUAAAGCUGCUUUGAGAAUUAGAGGUUCAAAAGCAUGUCUUAAUUUCCCAAUUGAGAGUGUUGCAAAUACAAAUACUUUAGGAUAUGGUAAGAAAGGAAUUGUUGAUGUUACAAAGAGAGAAAGUUUAUUGGAUUCAAGGAAGAGAGGAUUAAGGGAUAGAGGAGAAUUUGUUGAUGUGAUGAAUAUUGAAGAAACUGCAAACAAAAAGAUGGCAGUGUUGGAAUUGGAAGACAUGUUAGAAAAUGAUGUUUUUGUAUUUCAGGACCUAGGAAUUGAUUACUUGGACAGUUUGCUCUCAUCUUUUUGACAGAAAUACAAAUUAGAUUGUUAGUUUA